UGUACAUACACAUACAGACAUGUACAAACACACACACACAUACACACAGACACAUGUACAGACACACAUACAUGUACAUACACACAGACACCUGUACAGAUACACACAUGUACAUACACACAGACACAUGUACACCCUAUAAAAACUUGCAGUACUUCAUUGUUCACUCACAGAGCCGGGUACAGCACUCUAGGGGGAGGCAGAGAGCACAGCACACACUCCUUCCUUUGCUUUCACUGCGCUCAGUCUGAGGGCUCCCAGUAUAAGUGACAGAUCUGACCUCGAGUUCCUAGCCUGCUCAGCAAGACGGCCCUGGGGACACACUCGCCCCCACCAUAAUUUCCACUCGCCAUUGGCGAGCAGGCGAGUGGAAAUUUCAAGGCCUG